AUGGAGAAACGGGAGUUCGUCGCGUCUCUGGUGUGUAUGGAUGACAAGGAGGAUGGAGGUGGCAUUAAGGAGGAAACAAUUUUGUCUAGGUCCCCGGAAAUUGCAGGUGGCUGUGCGGGGAUGUGUGUGGAUCUGACAUUGUUCCCCCUGGACACCAUUAAGACCAGACUGCAGAGCCAGCAGGGCUUCUAUCAGGCUGGGGGCUUCAGGGGCAUCUACGCUGGGGUCCCAUCUGCUGCUGUGGGCUCCUUCCCCAACGCUGCUGCUUUCUUUGUCACCUAUGAGUGCACAAAGUCCCUGCUCGGCGCCGGUGGAGCUGUGGCAGCACCUCACGUGGCACCUGUCGCUCACAUGCUGGCCGCCUCCCUGGGGGAAAUCGUUGCGUGCUUGAUCCGGGUACCCACUGAAGUGGUCAAACAGAGAACCCAAGCCUCUCCUUCAUCCAGCACCUACAACGUGCUGCUGGCCACUCUCAGGGAAGAGGGUGUUCGAGGCCUGUACAGAGGAUAUGGCAGCACAGUUCUCAGAGAGCUUUGA